CUGCCCAAAUUAUAAUUUUUAAUCCAGCAUUAACAUUGGAACAUUACUAUGGAAAGUAAUACAUUUAGUGCUAUACAGAGGCAAAACAAAAACAAUAGCAACAUGAAAAUAUCGCCUGAUUAAAAAUGCUGGCAUUAUUGAGUGAAUUUAAGGACAUAGUGGACAAGUUGUGUCGAUAUUGGCUAUUUGACAAAUUUAAUGUGAUUUGAUUUUGAUUUUAAAAGACGGUUGUCCAUCCAGUUGGCUAUCAUGAACUAUAAUUGCAUUUUGAAAAAAGUUUAUUAAUUAAUUUGUUGUCAUUGUUGUCUUUUCAAACACAAUUUUGAACUACAUAGAGUACUACUUUAUACAUGUUAUUGUUUUCCUGUGUCCAUUUUAAAUGAUACUUAGCUUAACAUGACAGAUAAUCCAACAAGUUACCAUUUCUAUCAAGCAGAUCCAUGUCCAUUUGCAAACCGGCCACACUUUAAAGCAGACUUCCCUUUGAAGAUGAUCAUUCUGUUUCUCCACAGUGUUGAUCCAUGAGGAUAAGAAUUCUGGGUAAAUAACAUUGUUCAAAUAGUGAGAAUCUGUUAGGGAAAUUGGAUAACUUUAGGUUAAACUCUAACUGAAAUCCUGAGGUGAGACAAGGCGACCUUUAGCAGCUGGAUUUACAGGGAUAAUGAAGGCUAAAGAUAGGUUUAUAUUUGAACCAUUGAAGAGAGUGCAAGGGUGCGAGUGCCAACAGUGACACAGUUGCACCGUGCCCAUCCUUGCCCUGGUGCCCAUAGAAAAGCGGGUUCCCUGCUUUACACAGUCACAAAGUUUGCCUAUACCUCAGGCUGGCCCUAAAAACGAGUAUCAUCUGCUUAUCUUUCAUUGUUUUGGGGUCCCUUAUUACUACCAGCUUGGUAGUAAAGUAGUUUAGGUUCUUGAAAAACAACAUUUGAUUUGAAAUUAAACAUUUUUGCAAAAUGAAUGAUAAAUUUAGACCGUAAUUCACUAUGUCCAUAUUUCAUUAGUUAGAAAAUGGGCAAGAGUGAGCCUUCACUACGUUUUCCUAGUCUUUGGGGUGGACCAGCUGCGACGUUCCUACCCAGUGACGCAAAGACGUCAGCAGUCGGUGGGCGGAAAAGCGACAGUGUGUUUCGGUAUCUGAAGAUAAAGCCCAAACCAAACCGGGUCGUUUAAUCCGGAGGGUUUACCCAGAACACAAAGGAACAGACCCGGUUCGUCUCCAGCGUUAAUGGCGGUUCCCGCGGGUCAGACGGAUGUCCAGAUGGACAGAGGCGCCCUGAGCGGCCAGACGGUCUCCUCUGAGGACAACAUUGACAUCGACGAGAAAGAGUUGGAAAACAUCACAAAGAAACAGCGAGAAGACGACACAGCGACGCUGCCUCUGCACUCACCCUGGACCUUUUGGCUGGACAGGUCAUUACCGGGCACGACGGCUGCAGAGUGCGAAUCCAACCUAAAGAAGAUCUACACUGUGCAAACUGUUCAGAUGUUCUGGAGUGUGUAUAACAACAUCCCUCCAGUCACAGCCCUGACAUUGAGAUGUAGCUACCACUUAAUGCGUGGAGAAAGGAGACCGCUAUGGGAAGAAGAAAGUAAUGCGAAAGGAGGGGUAUGGAAGAUGAAAAUCCCAAAAGAAAACAGUUCUACAGUUUGGAAAGAGUUGUUACUUGCUACUAUAGGGGAGCAGUUUGCAGAUUACUGUGCAUCAGAUGAUGAGGUUGUUGGCGUCAGUGUUAGUGUUCGAGAUCGGGAGGAUGUUGUACAAAUAUGGAACAGAGAUGCAACUCUUGCAAAUGAAGCAAAUAUCUUGGGGAAAGUCUAUGAGCUGCUCCCAUAUAUAUCCUUUAAAGCAGUUUUUUAUAAGCCUCAUAUGGACCAUCAUGCCUUUGAGGGAGGACGCUCAAGACAUUAGAUUGUAAAGCACUUUUUUUUUUUUAAACCUGAACUCUGUACCUGCCUUCCCAGAAGGUGAUGUCCACAACAUAGUUAAGGAUAGUAUUUUUGCUUUCAAUGAGGAAAGGUUAUCAAUAUAUUUUUAUAUCUUUUAAUGACUGCUGCCUUGUUUUAAUCAUAAUAUGGGUCCUAAAGCUCUGAGGGGUUCAGAGAAUUGAAACUGUGUAAAUCUCAUCCAAAAUGCAUUAACUAGUAAGGGUUCCUGUUCUGUCAUGGCCCGGUCUUCUGCAUAUUCCAGGGACCACUCCUGUCAGUCCUGGUAUAGAGGUACAAGUCAUAUUCAAUAAAUUAGGAUAUUGAAAAGUUCAUUUAUAUCAGUACCUUUUAACUUACUUGGUGAAACACAUUAUAUAGAUUAAUUACACACAAACUGAUGAUUAUAAGCCUUUAUUUCUGUUAAUUAUGAUUUCCUGCUUAUAGCUAAUGAAAACACAACAUUUCAGAUUACAAUAUUACAUCAGACCAAUAAAGAAAUUUGGGCUUAAUGAAACAUAUGUUUAAUACGUACUUAAAGGUUAUUUUUAAAAGGUACUUUUAAUCUAAAAAACGAGCCUUAUUGGAACACAUAUUCCACUUUAUUGAAUAUGACUGUAUUAGCUGCACCAUCUAGUAUGUUCUGCUUGAUACUGCCUUCACAUCAUGAUCCAUUCUGCUCGUUCAGUGCCAAAGCACUCUUCUGCUGUUUUAAGAUGUUUGUGUCGUCCUAAUUCAAGUAUUUUAUCCCGCUGGGCUUUACCCACUCAGAUGGAGUGAAUGUAACAUUUGCUUUCUUAAAUAUUCAUCAAGUGUGAACUUUAAUCCAGAAAUGUUGCACAUGGCUAUUUGUUAGUCCACACAACAUAAAGCCAUCAUAAUGGAUCAAAGUAAAGUCCAGCAAAGAUGUGGCCAUAAUUAUUUUUGAAGCUUUAUUUUUAUGGAAAGAAUUUUUUUAGUGUUAAUAACUGGUACUGUUUUAUUUGUAUUCCCCCCCCCUCCCCACCGUCGCAUUAGUUACUGAUUGUUAGAUAAGGUAAUGCUGCACAUUUUUUUUCCUUCAUACCUGCCGCUACAUGUUGCCACUAAUGUCUGCCAAUCCCCCCCCCUGUGUAUUACUGUAACCACUUCACACAAGGAAGCAGGAGGACAUACUCCUGUUUCACUAAAAGACAUAGGUCAUAAUGUUCUCACGUGUAGUGGUAUGUUCGUUUAGGUUCAGGUGUAGCUUUAAGAAAGCUGAGGAAGAGACUUGACUUUUAUCUAGACUGCUGCUUAGGGGGAUAAAAGGAAAACAACCAAUAAGGAGAUCAGCUCCCGUCCAUGCAAGAACGCCUGAAAUUCAAGGAGGUCAGUUUACUCUCUAAAACUGCGCCAUUCAUUUAACACCUACUCCGGCUUGGUUUUAAUUAAGUAUACGUUCAAGUCAUCUGGUAUUUUUUUUGUCACAUCACUCUUGUAGUUGAUCUCUUGUCAGGUUGGAGCAUUUGUUUUCUCUCUGUAAAGCCUUUUUGCAAUGACAUGGACAGAUGAAAUAAAACGGAGCUGAAAAUCUUU